AUGAACCAGUGGUCUUUGAGGUUUAACCAGUUUAAUGGUAAAAGUCAUUAUAUCGAGUUAUCGACUGUGGCCAUAACCUGGUUUCCAGUCUAUCCAGCUUUAAUUUCCUGUGAAGAAAUUGUCAAAGCGAGUAAUGAUGGACUAGUGAUCUUUGAAUUUCCAGUCUAUCCAGCUUUAUUUUCCUGUAAAGAAAUCGUUAAAGCAGUCUAUCCAGCUUUAAUUUCCUGUGAAGAAGUCAUUAAAGUGAGUAAUGAUGGACCAGUGGUGUUUAAAGCUUUGCUUUAG